UCCAAUGAUCUGGUCGCGAAGACAUGCGAUCUGAUCGGACGGCGGACAAAUGAGGUAGACGUACACGUGAGAUGAAGAAGAGAAGUAAGAGGAGGAAAGGAAGCCAAAAAAGAAGUUAAUAAAAGGAGGAGGGGGUGGAUCACUCGAGAUUCGAGAAGUGACUUACUUCCCGAUUCCCCAGGCCUUCCUGCCCAUUGCUCUCUCUCCCGGCCGAGAAAUCGAGCUCGCGGCACACACUGCGCCACCGCUCCUUCCCUCCAUUGUCCGGCCAUUCAUUUCUUCAUUCAUUCUACCCAACAGUUCUAUUCUAUCACACCCACACCACAAUCCAUUUCUACCCGACAAAAUUGCUCUCUGUCUCUCUCGUAAUCUGCUUUUCUUGCUUUCCCCAAGCUACUUAAAUAGCGCAUCUAUCCAGCAAGAGGAGCAUCGUCGACGACUCCUUCUCACUGCUCCCACGCACGCACCCCAAGUGUUUGUUUUUAUUUCUCUUCCGUUAGACCCCCGAGUGUCAAACGAAACUUUGUAUUUUUUUAAAUUCCCACACUGUCAGAUCGAAAGUUGGCGAAUUUGGGAUUGGGUUUUCUUUGUUUGAGAUUUUUGGUUGGUGGGUGGGUGGGGGAUUGAGCGAGUAUAUGGAUCCGCCUGGCUUGAUGAGUGACGAGCCCUUCAACUUGGCGGAGAUCUGGCAGUUUCCCCUGAAUGGGAAUGGGAGAGGCCAGUUUGGGCAGAGUUUGGCUCACUUUGCAGACUCUACCAGGGAUAAUGAAUCCCUCAAUUUGGAGCACAGAGGAGGUUUGCAGAAGAAGCGCCGGGAUUUGGAGGAGGCCGUCUCUACCAGCAAUGGCAGCGGGAAUGGACUGAAUGACAGUGAUGGGAAAAGGAUUAAAACAACGGGAGGGAGUAGAGAUGAUAGCUGUGAUCCCAAAGCUGAAGAAGCAGAGCUCAGUUCAGGGAAGCCACUAGUGGAACAGAAGGCUCAACAACCCUCAGAGCCACCUAAACAAGAUUACAUUCACGUACGGGCUCGGCGUGGUCAAGCCACUGACAGCCACAGCCUUGCUGAAAGAGCCAGGAGAGAAAAAAUAAGUGAAAGGAUGAAAAUCCUUCAGGACCUCGUCCCUGGCUGCAACAAGGUCAUAGGGAAAGCUCUCGUCUUGGAUGAGAUUAUUAAUUACAUCCAGUCGUUACAGCGUCAAGUUGAGUUCCUGUCAAUGAAGCUAGAGGCAGUUAACUCCCGGAUGACUCCUGGCAUGGAUGUCUAUCCUUCAAAAGAGUAUGACCAGCAAACAUAUGAUGCAUCUGGGAUUGGUUAUGGUUCACAAACCGCAAGGGAAUUCAGCAGAGGAGCGUCGCCUGAAUGGUUGCACAUGCAGAUUGGUGGAGGUUUCGAAAGAUCGUGAUCUUGAAAAAAUUGUGGAGGGGGGCAGUUGAUUGAUGGGCAAUUAGAGAAAGCAAUACGAUACGUAUAUCCUCCAAAGGGCUAGUAAAAUAUACGCAUAUGAUAUUGUUACAAAGAGAGAGUGCAUUAUGUUGUCACAACAACUACUUCUACUUCAUGGAGCUGUGGAAUCCCGAACAGAGAUCUCUCCAGUUGUUUCAGCAUUGAAGAAGAGAGUAUUCUUUCACUUCAUACACAUAGAAUCUUUGUAAGCUGGACUUCACUUUUCUCCUGCCGUUGUAAUACCAGCUAAAAUGAGUUCCUCCUAGUCCUGCAGCUGUCCAAAUUACUGUUCUAAAAUAGAAGUUUAUAUUGCAGACUUCCUCUCCGUGUACGCAUGCUCUGUACAAACCCUUUUUGUUUCAUACAUACCAUUGACAUGGUGAAGCCAAGCUUAGAUCUUUAUAAUGAAGUAUGAUGGUUCGAUGUUAAACUUAAGCCUUCCGUCUUGGUACAAGUAUCACAUAUCUCAGCUGUUGAUGUAAGCAUUCACGUUUGUAGUGAAACCAGCAGCAGGAUAACUUAAAUGAUGGUGGGAGCUGGGAAGAUUUGAGCAUAAGUGAUUAAUGACCCUUCCUUCCUUCCUUCCCUAGCUUAAUUUCUUCAUGGUUGACCUCAUCGAAACUGCUCAAAAGAGUAUCAGCAAUAUUUCGAGUCUGAGCUCAGUUCAUCAUCAACAAGCGAAUGCGGAGCAACUUGCCAAUGCUUGUGUAAAGCUAAUUACAUUGCUGGCCGUGUAGUACCAUAGAAUCUUCUUCCAUUAUCAUUCCCACUUCCUUGGAGGUAGGAAACCACUGUCCAGACAACCCGUACGGACAGGAUUCCAACAAAGAUGGUGCUUCCUAGGGUGCAAAACACAUGUAACCAGAUCACCCAAGAUAUUCAGGAACCCCAGAAUGCAGCUGAGUCAUACAAUAAUCAGAAGCAGAAGAAUAAUAGUCAUAUACCUUCUUUUUUUAACAUUAAUAAUCAUAUACCUGAAGAAGUGAUUUAAAGAUGAAGAGUACAUGCAGACAGAGCCAGUACCCCAUCAACCGCAAAAGAAACCUGGCUUCAUCCAGAGAUCACAAGAAUUCCAUAUCAAUACUUAUGAGAAGCACUCAACGCAACUCCACAUUUCCCCUUCCAUGGGCACUCAUAAACCUAGCCCAUUGUACUUUAAGUUACUGACUCAUGGAACAAGAGAGAACAAAAAUGAAAGAGUGUUUACUUUCCGAGAAUUGUACAUUCAAAAUGUCAAUAAAACAAUAAUAUUGGUAUUUAAAAAAUUAUUAAAUAAAGUUUUAGAUAAAAU